GAAUUUAAAACCAAGAUGGAUCCCAUUCAUUGAUCAAUACCUUUCUUCUCACUUCUUCAAACAUUUCAGAUUAUACAAAGGUUGUUGUUUCAUUCGACACAGACCACAGUAGGGCUGCAUAUUAAUUCGUCUAUCCAGUCACAGAAGUAGUUUAUCAUCAUCUAUCACUACUUUUAUUCAUCAAGCACUUCCACAAACGCAACUAUGUCUCCAACUGGAGUUGCCUUCCAAGCACAAGUCGACGCUCUUCUGAAUGAGUUGUCAGACUGUAUUGGAUUUUGCCAUCAGAUCCGAGAAACUCGUCGACUAGGUACCAAGCACGAGAAUUUCGACAAGCUUCAAGACACCCUCCUCCACUCACAUACCACCCUUUCCGUUCAAUAUGAUACCUUAAACCGAUGUUUCGGGCACCGGAUGGCUGUCGGCGAUGAAAUGUCCAUUCAACCAAUGAAAAAAUGUCUCCGGGCAGUAUCAUCUGAUAUCAAAAGAAAACUAUACGAGAUCGCCAAUAAGACCACACAAACCUCCGGCUCUAGACAACUUCCCGGUUUCGGUACUCUUCUCCAGCACUGGAAAAUCAUUGAGGAGGAUGCUUCCAACAUCAUAAUCAAACUUUCACAACGUUUAAUCAUUACGCCGCCUGCCUCAACUCCUAUCCCAGCUCCCACCGCAUCAUCGAAACAGGAACCAAAAGUCAGAUCGGAUCAACAAAUUGUUUCUAAAAGCGAUUUCAACUUCUUGGUGGAACAUAUGCAGAAAUCUUGGACGGAGAAUUGGAGCAACGAACAAUUGAUUUACACCAACUACUAUGAUCAGAAAAACAAAGUUUACGAAAAGCCCGACGGAUUCAUCAAAGCGGCACCUACAUCUUACAGACCUGCGAGGGCAGAAACUGUAUCUGGCUCAAGAACGAGGAACGAGGAAUUCAAUGAAAGAGAAAGGAGAGGCUAUGCAUCAGGGGGGGCGAAUAGGCCUCAAAGGGAAGAGUUCUGGAGACAAUGAGACGCGUAUUGUACAAGGAAAAAGGUGCGGUUUUCAGGCGUUGAUGAGAUAAGAAUUUUUGGCACGGAAUGAAUAUAUGGGUAUGGUCACGAUCAAGAUGGGAUGCUAUUUGGAGUUUGAUGCGGUACAAGGAGUUUUGGGAUCUCGGGACUACAGGACCAAGUCGUCAGCGUGCGUUUGAAAGGGAAUCUUGGAUGAUGAGCA